ACCGUCUUCCAACGCAUGACGUAGGCAGUAGACGGUAUCACGGGGAUUAACCUCCACACCAAGUCCUCUCGAUUGGGAUUGUCUGUAAAAAUAAAAUUAAAGUCAUCCUGGGCCCUACCUUCGGGGAGGGGAGCGGAAGCUUUUGGAUUGGCAGAUUCACAACGGGUUGAAUUCACAAUUGCCCCCAGAUGCGGGGAAGCUGAACCAUCAAUCCCAUCUCCCCACCAUCACGAUCGGAUAAAUAUAUGCAUAACGACUCCCUCCGUAUUCUAUGGGCGGAAUGUAGAAGGGUGACUAUUGCCGGCGGGCACACUAUACUCGAAAGCAAAACAGAGUCCAAUAGGCACCAUGGCGUUUGACGACAAGUACGAGACUUUCGCCUUGGGAGACUGGUCCUUGCAAAGCGGAGAAACUAUCCCGAACGCUCACAUUGCGUUCAAGACCUUUGGACACCCCAGCUCUCCAGCUAUUGUCUUUCCAACUUGGUACUCAGCACUGAUAUCUCAUAAUUUCUGGCUGAUCGGAGACGACAAACAUCUUAAUCCAAACAAGUAUUUCAUCAUCAUCCCGGCACUGUUUGGCAAUGGCCAGUCGUCUUCUCCUUCAAAUACCCAUAUCAGACCAUUUCCACGCGUCUCCUUUUAUGACAAUGUCAGAGCGCAGUAUGAGCUUGUCGCAAAGCACUUUGAGAUCCAGCAUAUUCGCGCUGUCAUAGGCUGGUCAAUGGGUGCCGGCCAGUCAUUCCAGUGGGCCGCUCAAUAUCCCGAUUUUGUGGACUUGAUUGUUCCUUUUUGUGGCUCUGCGAAGACUUCUUUGCACAAUAAAAUCUUCCUUGAAGGGAUUAAAAGCGCCCUGCUUUCCGCAAAGAGAUUCAAGUCUUCGCUGUCCGAAGCAGGUGGAGUCGCGGUGGAUGGAGGACCAUACCGUCAGUGGACACCGGAUGAGCGGGAAGCAGGGUUAAAGGCCUUCGCUAGGGUAUAUGCUGGAUGGGGCUUCAGCCAAGCGUUCUAUCGCGAAAGACUGUAUGAGAAGGAUUUAGGAUAUAAAAGUCUCGAAGACUUCAUGGUAAACUUCUGGGAAGGCCACUUUGCGCCCAAAGACCCCGAUGAUCUCCUGGCUAUGCUUCAGACAUGGCAAGACGGGGAUAUCUCCCAGCAAUCUCCAUACAAUGGGAAUUUUGAGCUGGCCCUCAAGGGAAUCAAAGCCAAAGCCUUGGUCUUACCGGGAAAGACCGACUUAUAUUUCCCGCCAGAAGAUUCAGAGUAUGAAGUUGCAAACAUGCUUCCAGGCAUUGGUAAACUGGAUGUCUUCCCGUCCAUUUGGGGCCACUGGGCAGGAGGUCCUGGAGAUAGUAAGGAUGAUGUUAAAUGGCUGAACGAUAAAAUGGCCAAAUUCUUCAGUGAAGUUCCUAUUGGCGGAACCUAGAUAUUUGCCGCUUCCAGGGUGAGAUCAACAACAAAGGGGCAUUUAUACAAAUAUUAGUUUUGUACCUGAGAAGUGGAUGAAUGAUGUCGAGAGAGUUGCAUUGAAGAUAUACUUACUCAACCUUGAUUUUAUCCACAGUUAUUGAUUAUAAUAUUUCAAGAUGAAUGUCACUGGUCAUUGUUCC